AUGGCGUUCCAACCAACUCCGGCGGAUAUUUCCGUCCUUGUCUCGGCCCCGGCUUCUGGUCGAGGAGGCGAGGGAGAACGCGGCUUCGUCAACGAGCGUCGCAUCACGCCCACCUGGACCCUCUUCCAGCUCAAGGGCAAGCUGGAGACCAUGACUGGUGUUCCGCCGGGAAGCCAGCGCCUGCGCAUCAAAGUGCCUGGUCGACCGGACCAGUGGGCUGAAGGAGAUGAUCGGAUUGUCAGUGAGUGGGGGCUCGUGAAGGGCUCGGAGAUUGAGGUCCACGACACCCGCCCUCAGGCAAUGCGCCCCAACUUCUCAGACUUGUCAUCUGUUGACAAAUACGUCCUGCCCGCAGAGACGUACGAGUCUCUCCCAAACUCAGUGCUGGCAUGGAAGAAGAACCAGAAACUUGGCCGCUUCGACCCCAACACCGCCUCCCCGGAGGAGACCCUGCGAAACCAAGUUGAGAAAGACCAGACGGAAGUCUCUAAUAAAGGCAUUACUGUCGACAAGCGGGCUAUCAUCCUGCCCUCUACUCCACCGCAUAUCCGUCGAGGUACCGUCCGCUUUGUGGGACGGGUGCCGACGAUUCCUAUCUCUGGGCUGCCUCGUGAGAUGCAACAUACGGAGGUACCUGCAGAGCUGCGGCCAAUAUGGGUGGGCAUUGAGCUGGAUGAACCGACUGGGAAAAACGAUGGCAGCGUGGGUGGCCAGCGCUACUUUGUCUGCGGCGGCGAGAAGAGGGGUGUAUUUGUGAAGCCGGAAAAGGUCGAGGUGGGGGAUUUCCCUCCUUUGGGGCUGGACGAUGACCUGGAUGAUUUGAUGGAAGAGAUAUGA